AUGGACGGAGACGUCGCGCACAAUAACCGGCUACUCUAUGCUGCCGGCGAAAACGACGUCGACAGAGCCAUCGCUCUCUUGUCUCAGGGAGCGAGAAUCGACUACGUCGACAGCAAAGACGGCCAAACGCCGCUUCACAAGGCGUGUUCUAGCGGAAAUUCAGAGAUUGUCAAGUUCAUUAUCCGACGCGGUGCGGAUGUCGAUGUUCGGGAUUUUCUCGGAAACACGCCAUUGCAUGUUGCCUGCUCUACAAGGAAUGAGGGUGCUGUUAAGUUGCUGAUUGAAGGUGGGGCGGAUGUUAACCAGAUAAUGAAUACCGGUGAGACGGCGCUGCAUGUGGCGAGUAAUUUCGGGGAGGUCGGGAUCGUGCGCUUGCUGCUUGAGACUGAUGCGGAGAUUGAUAUUAAGGGUAAUGAUGGGCGCACACCUUUGCAUAAAGCGGCGUUGGGGGGGACGGCGUUACAUUUAUGUUUGAGUGGGAAAAGUGUUGAGGUUAUGGAGGUUCUGCUUCGAUAUGGGGCGGAUGUGAAUCUGGUCGAUGACGAUGGGAAUACGGUGCUGCAUAAGGUCUGUCGGUUUGGGUGGAAGGAUGUCGUGAAGCUUUUGCUCAAGUAUGGGGCGGAUGUUGACAUGAAAGGGUAUGAAGGCAUGUCAGCGCUGCAACUGGCCAAGCAGUGGGGCUUAAAAGAGAUAGUGGACUUGCUUGCUCAAUAUUCGAAGCUUUCUGAUGAACUCGAGGAACAGCCUUUGGCAUAUACCAAACCUAUGAGUGAUGAUCCAGUCGGCCGGCCUAUCCGUGAUUUGUUUGAAAAGGCAAGCGAAGAUCCUGAGGAAGAAAGUAUAGGGAUGCACCUGACGCCCGAAUCCAACCCCAAUCUCUGGAGCGGAGUACGUCGCGAUAACGGCGACGGUUUCGUCCUAGCCAGCUACGACAACCACGAUAUCAGCUUCGAUGCGAAAUUAGAGUCUAUCCGGCCAUGUGUGCACGAAGGGAGAGAGAUGCAUGAGAUCCAGCUAAAGCUCAACUUCAUGCGACCAUAUUCUAUGAGCCAUCGCAUCCGGUAUGCCCAGGUCGACGCUAUUGUCAGCUCCGAUAAUGCCGAAAAUGGUCCUCACAUCCGGGGGGUAAUGCCCCAGGCAGAUCGAAUGGAGGUCUCCGAACAGGAGAUCACCUCCGGCCAAAAGUUUACAGUUGGGGCUGCUGGCAGCGGCGGGCCAUCGAAUGUAAAUAUCAGCAUGGAAGGUUCAAAGACUCGGAAGUCGACGUUCAAAGGUGUCCGAAUCAUCCACGGAGCUAUAAGAGACAGACUACAUGCUUCCUGGCGACUAUACGAGGAACCGGGGAGUAAGAGCGGGUUACCUGAAAUUGUUCGCUUGCUGUUGUUGGUGAACUGUGAGGCCGAGUUUGACAUACGGCUGAGUCUCUCCGUCAAGGCCUGUCAUCUUCUCUCCUUUGGAAUCCCACGCACAUUAACGGCUCCCGAAGGCCCUAUUUAUUCGAUACCCAAGCUCGAUGCCAUCUCUGCAUACGACCAGGAGUCAAGACUGCGGCAAAUGCUGGACGUCGCAGAUCGCGCGGCCGUGAUGGUAGAAGAAGCAGAUAAACUUCAGAAGAGCUUCUCACAGGCACUCCGUGCUCACAAGAAGAAACAUCUGAUCAUGCAAGCGGGAGCGAAAGAAAGCCAUUCCCAAGAAUGGGCGGAUAUCGUUGAUGCGUCUAAGUCCGGCGAUUUCACGAAUUUACGUGAGAUGAUGCUAGCAAUGGAGGAGCCAGAGCCUGAGCUUGACCGAAGGAGACGCCAGGAGGAUAGGCUCGACUCAUCUGCUCCGCCGCGAAGGUGGCUGCCACCAGGAGAGGCGCGAUGGGAUCCUCCACCAAGGGCCGAGCCACCGCGAAUGCUCUCAGGGUAUCUGGAACGAAGAGGCUAUGAUCCAGCGCCACGAAAUGCCCUAGAGUCCUUCUCUGCUGUAGGACCAGGAUACAAUGUCUCUAGGUUGGCAUAA